AUGGAUGCCUCAAAGAAGAAGAAUAAAAACUCACUAGAGUCCUUGGACAAGGAGGACGUCGAAACGCUCAUCAGGAAAUGCUACCGGGAUAAGUUGGUAUACGGUUAUACAGAAAGCCCAAUUGGGGGGAACAAAACAAAGGCGCUGAGGGUUAAGCGGCGAAUCAGGCAAACCGACGAAUCAGGCAAAACGACGAAUCAGGCAAACCGACGGUUCGUGAAGUGGAAGGAAUUUGACAGGAAGGACUUUAAGCAACGCCAUUCUGUAAACACGUUUAAGAAUAUAUGGAGAAUGAUAAAAAGGAGAUUCGAGAGCUACAAAAAGGAGUACCACGCGGUGAUACAGGACGCGGCGAGAGAAGCGAAGGAAAUCAUCGCGGAGAACAAGGAGAGGAAGAAAAACGAGCAACUAAACGGGUACCUAAAAGGGCAUCUAAAUGGAUUGGUCCCUCUGAGCUCUAAGGUGUCCCUCUCCAACAUAUCCCUAUUGAGGAACUUCACGCGCGUGAAUAGCCUCAUGUUCAAAACGUGCAGCAACUAUUACAGCCCGUUGAAUAGCUCCAAGCAAGGCAGUCCCCAGAAUUUCAUUUUUCCAAAUAAAAAAAAAACAUCGAAAGAUAACGAAAGGGAACCCCCUAAAGGAAUAAUAGACUACAUAAAAAGAAACAUCAAAGAUAUUCAAAGACGAAGUGAAUUUCUAGACCUCUACUUCCUAGUCAUCUCCCUAAUCCACCAAAAUAAAAAAUAUGCCUUGCUAAAAAAAAUGGAAGAAUUGUAUUAUCAAAAUAGGGUAAUAAAAUGCUGCAGCAAUUCAAACCAAACACAUAAUAAUAAAAUCCUAAUUUUUGUAAAAAAAAUUUUAGAAAUCAGUCUAGAAUCCUCUAGUAGCUUAAAAAGCAUAUGCACAAAAAAAAGUCUGGAGAAAAAAUUCGGCAGCAGCAAAUAUAUCGAUAGCAAAAACUGCAUCACCGUCGAAAUUGAUGAGGUAACCUAUCCCUUCAGUAAAAAUUUUAUUAACUACAAGACUUUCUACAAUUUGUGUAAAAGAAAUUUGCACCUCAGCUGCAAUAAAGUUAUUUCCUUCUUUAUUCCACUCCCGAAAAAACCAAACCAUUUGAUAUUUAAAAAUGGACUCUUCCACUAUUUUGAUACCCCUAUAACAACCCACAGCAAAUUAGAUGAUGAUGUAUACAACUACGUCUAUGUCAUGCAAAAAUAUUUUCUCUCCUUUAAGUUCUGGCAUUUUUACCUAACCUAUCAAGGUAUAGAGAAAAUGAAAAAACUCUUUAAUAGAGAAGUGGACGAAUUGAAUUCCUUCUUCGAUCUGAAUUAUACAAAAAAGGAUACAUUAAUAAUUCGGGGAAAAAAACAAUUUCCAAAUUUUACAAAAAAAAAAAAUGUCCACAACUUUUUGCUCCUUUUCGAUCACAACAUUCAGCAUUUAAUUUCCUUAUCACUCUACGUCAUAAAACUGUAUUUGAAAAUGCGAAAAAAAAGAGACCUCACCUAUAUCAGGAUUGUCAAAAUGCUGAAUUUGUCGCUCCACCCGGUUGAGAAAAAAAAAGUCAUGCGCUUUUAUAGUUCUCACCUUAGAUUUAUUCACAGCGUUCUUCUCAAACUGGGUUCGCGUUUGCCGCGGCGGCUUCCUCGCUGA